GCAUUCGUUUCGGACACAACAAAAUACACACUGUGUCACACCACUCCAUAUUUAUAUUGCGACGCAGAAGGCACGUAUCUACAAUCAGAAUUUGACGUUCCAAGACCGAGAGCUGCACUUGACAACUCGAAAGGCCCACGCUGAGAGCCGCUUUGAAGUCGAGGUUACGAGAAAAGGACAUCUAAUUAUGGCGGACGGGAGCAACCCUAAGAGUUUCAAAGAGAGGAGGACGUAUGCUCAGCGUGUGCGCGAUGUUGAGCAAAUCCGCGAGCAACACCCGAACAAAAUCCCCAUCAUCAUCGAGAGGUGGAAAGGAGAAAAGCAGCUGCCCUUCCUGGACAGAACCAAGUUUCUGGUCCCUGAGUAUUUGACUGUUGCUGACUUGGGUAGCAUCAUUAGACGGCGUUUGAACUUGCGAGACUCUCAGUCGUUCUUCUUGCUUGUCAACCAGAGGAGUCUGGCAUCGCUGACCAUCACCAUGCGGCAAUUAUACCAGGCGGAGCGGGACCCGGACGGAUUCCUGUAUGUCGUCUACGCUUCGCAGGAGUCUUUCGGCUGAUCUUAUUCCCACGAUCCUCACAAUGCUGCUGAUCCGUUCAAAGCAGUGACAUGGCAAAAAGUGUCUUCAAUUCGUUUCCAGGCAAAACAAUUGACUGCGUUAAGCUUACCAAAUAUGUAUAUUAUGUAAUUGGACACUUUGCUACAUGCACAGCCCCGUUACCAGCUUCUUGAGCGGACCUGCAGCUGCCUGCUUUAUUUGUCGUUCUAUUUAUGGCUACAUUAAUUUUCCUACUAAUAAUUAUUUUAACUGGUUUAACAAUAUUUUUUUACUAUUAUCGAGACUACUAAAUCGUCCUGGUAGUGGCAAAAUUGCCAAACUUUUAACAACCAAAUGCAAGAAAAGGGCAACAAUCAAUUUGAUAGUGAAAAUAUGGCUGUUAAGCAAUGAUACCAGCACCAGGACGAAAUAUUGUUUGUGUACCUGCUAAAUGCAAAGAUGAGCACUUGAUGUGCAUUUCAAAUUUCAGUUUUGAUACUUAGAUAGUAGACAAUUAAACCCUCCGAUCUUGUUCUCCCUGUUCGAAAACAAAUAAUAUCAGCUGUCAGCACUUGGACCAUGCAAUGGCCAAAAUCCCGAUAAAACUUAAACAAGGUGACUCGUUUAUUUGCAAUCUAGUUGUAUAUUAGGCAGGAUUUAGUUUGGGAAAGCAGAUGAUGAUUUUGCUAUGUGAUGAUUGUUCACGAUAUGAACUUGACUAUGAUGAUUAGAACGCGCAUAUAAGUGGAGAGAUCAAUAAUAAAGAUAUAAAUAAUCCACUUAA